AUGGAAGGCAAGUUUUACCGGAGUAAGACACUGAACCAUCCGCACACGAACAUGGCGAAGGCAGCAGCAAACAUGAUGACGAGGACGUGUGCCGAAGACCUGAUGCGCAAGGGCAUCUACAUGAACAGUGUCGACACGGCUGGAUCAACGACGAGAACCCGCGUGAUAAAGCUGCUUGCAUCGCAGAUACCCAUAACUUCCAGACGCCUCUUGAUGGAGACUGAUGUUGUGCUAGACCCGAUUUUUGCUCUGUAUCAAGAUGGAAGCACGGACAAACCGCUAUUUGGCGAAUAUUUGAAGGACUACACCGUUUCUGAGUGGUAA